GCAACAGUUUCAUCUGGGCUUUCAGCUCCGUUGCACGCGUCACUCGCAGCUGGUUUUUUGGGCCGUCUUUGCGGAAUACUGUUAGCCAUUAUACCAUUAUAGCCUUUAAGUUUGGGCCAAACUAGUUUCGGUCGUGUUGUGUUGUCUUGUGUUGUGUUGUGAUCCGUGUGUACUAUUUAAGAUCUCGUAUUUUCCCAGACACAACAUCAGCGAUUCAGUAGACUCUUGUGUAUCAUUCAUGAAUGCAAAAACAGACGAUACCCUAAGCAAAUCACCUGGCCCAUCUAGCCGAAAUUGGUAGCAAUUUUCAAUGUCAGCGCUUCGGAUGCUAAUCUCCUAGUCUUUUGUUUCGAGCCAGCACUAACGCUAAUUUUCGAUUUGAUGGGAAAUCUUCAGCGCUAAUUUCCGAUUUGAUGGGAAAUCUAGUGUGCUAAUUUCUGAUAUCCAACUGCCCCACUAUAUAAGCUCACAGACCCUGGCUCCUCAUCUCGCAAUUCGAAACCUGCCUAACUGGAAAUUACGCUCAAGUAGAACGCGUCAAGUGUCUCCAGAAUUUAGUUCAAGGCUCCUAACGUUAUUUUCUGAUCUCUGAAGAAUUGCAUUAUCUUCGCGAAUCUCUGGCCUCUUCUUCCGUUUUAAGCAAUUUGCGAAUGUCAAGGUGAAGGUCGGCCAGAGGGCACAAUUUUACAUUUGGCAAACUGAAAAUAUACAGCGGCGAACCGCUUAGAAAAAGCACAUAGCUUAAUAUAAUCGCAGAAUAAUUUCAGUUCAGCCAGAGCAGCAACAAUUGCAAAAUGAGAGUACCCACCAUGCUGUCGGACAUCGACCAACUGCCCACGCUCCAGGUGGGCGACUACACGCUCCAGUUCGAGUUGGGCGAGCCGACUGCCCAGGGCAAGGAGGUGGCCAUCAAGGAGCUGCGCGAAACACCCGAGCGCCAGAAGGAGGCCUCCAAGGAGCUGGCCCGUCUUCUAGAAGCGGAGACGGACUUGCUGUACCCCAAGGGAAACGAGGAGUGGCUGAUCAGAUACCUGCGGCCCUGCAAGUAUUACCCGGAAAGUGCCCGUGAUCUGAUUAAGCGGUACUACGCCUUCAAGGUGAAGCACGCGGAUGUGUACACCGACCUGAAGCCAUCGAACGAGGCCAACAUCUUCAAGCACAACAUCCUUACCGUCUUCCCCAACCGAGAUCAACUGGGUCGUCGCAUUUUGGUCCUCGAACUGGGCAAGCGCUGGAAGCACAAGCAGGUCACCCUCGAUGAGGUGUUCAAGGGAGCUGUGCUCUUCCUGGAGGCGGCCAUGCUGGAGCCAGAAACACAGAUCUGCGGAGCCGUUGUGAUCUUCGACAUGGAUGGCCUCAGUCUCCAGCAAACGUGGCAGUUUACGCCUCCGUUCGCCAAGCGCAUUGUGGACUGGCUUCAGGACUCGGUGCCGCUCCGGAUCAAGGCCAUUCACAUCGUGAACCAGCCGAAGAUUUUCCAGGUGGUCUUUGCCCUGUUCAAGCCCUUCCUCAAGGAGAAGCUGCGCAGCAGGAUCAUCUUCCAUGGCACCGAUCGCGAGUCCCUGCACAAAUACAUGUCGCCCAAGUGCCUGCCAGCCGCCUACGGAGGAUUCCGGGAGGCCAGCCGCAUCGACAGCGACCAGUGGUACCAGCUGCUGCUCAAGUGCGACACCGAGUUCGACACCAUCAACUCGUACGGCUACAAGAAGAAGUGAUCUGUGGCCACCGGCCUGGUGCUGCUCGUGAUAAUCAACUCCACUCGUUUCCACACGUCUUCACAUUAAGCCCACGUGGAGCGUUAUAGUUAAGCACUCGAUCUACCAUACGCUUGUCCUGUUAGUGAGUAGCGCCUAGAGUUUGCCUUAGUCUUAACCAGGAUCGGAGUGUCGAUCGCAGCCAGAAGAAGUGUUAUACCUACAUGCAUAUUAUUUUAAUCCGGGGUAAGCGUAUUUAUAUCAUUUUACUAUUGUACAUUAAACCAAUUGUUAAAAUAUAAACAUACUUUGUAAAC